AAUCUCUUAUCUCUGAAUUGGAAGACACAAGAAUUGUGUCUACCUCAUGGCUUUCACGGGAACUCUCUGGCGCAACUCCUUCUCGUCUUCUUGCCUUCAUUUCCCACACACCUUAAGAAGUAAAUCUCUUCAUUUCGCAUCGCCAUCGAUUAUUCGAGCACAGCAAGAUGCUGCAGCAGACAAACCAAAUGCUUCUCAGACCAAAACUGAAGGAUCUUCCAAUGCUCAACCUUCCGCCACUCCUCCGAAAACUCCCAAAAAGCCUGUCUAUUCCAUGAAGAAAGGUCAGAUUGUGAGGGUGGACAAGGAGAAGUAUCUCAAUAGCAUCAAUUAUCUAUCUGUUGGGCACCCACCUUACUACAAAGGAUUAGACUACAUUUACGAAGACCGGGGCGAGGUCUUGGACAUUCGUAUAUUUGAAACAGGAGAAUAUGCACUUAUCGCAUGGGUUGGAAUCCCCACCGCUCCAGCCUGGCUUCCUACAGACAUGCUUAUCAAGAUGACUCAACUCCCAACCUCAAUUCUAAUAGCACUAAAAGUCUUGGGGAAUAGGCUAUCUUUCUACGCGAAUGCAUUACUGAGGUGAUCUGAUUCUCUGUUUUCCUUGCAGUCAGACAGGCUCAUCUAUGAUAGAUUAUGACCUCUGCUUGGGGAACAGAGUUAUCUUGAAAAGCGAAGACUUCGCAUUUUUGUGAUGUUGCAAGAUGGAAAGUCUGUAAAUGCUUGGUUUAGGACAUCAUUGCUACUUCAUACAUCAUCUUCAAGGAAGAAUUAUCUAGUCAUUUCAAAUAGAAAGUACUCCUUUGAUUCUAUUUA